AUGAAGACAUACAUCCCCUUAAUUUUCUUAUUAUAUGCUAUGCUGGGGAAUGACAUAAUAAAUUGUCGCCCCGUGCCACAACAUUUUCCCUAUCCAUCCACACUCACUGGUGGAAAUAAUGGCACAACUCCUGGUGGAGCUCAGAAAGCUGAAAAAGGUACAACAGAUAAAAACGCAUCAGAAUUAGAAUCUGAAAAAGAUAAAAAUUCUCAAAAAUCUACAGAUCCUUCUGCACCUUCAUCAUCUAAUAUAGCCACAUUACCUGGUUCUCCUGAUUCAGCCAAACAAGGUUCUGGUUCUGAUUCUUCAGAUUCUUCGGAUUCUUCGGAUUCUUCGGAUUCUUCGGAUUCUUCAGAUUCUUCGGAUUCUUCAGAUUCUUCGGAUUCUUCAGAUUCUUCGGAUUCUUCUGAUGUAACAAGAACCAAAGAAGUAACACCAGGCACCCCUGUUGGAACCAAUACAUCAGAUCAACAACAAAGUCAAGAUGCACUCCAAAAAGCAGCUGGAGGCCCCUCAAGUGAUCCUGCAAGUAUAUCUUCGAGUGAAGUAAUUGUAAUGGAUAUUUCAAAGAUAAAACGUAGAAGUGAACAUAGGGGAACAGUUGAAUCUGCUUUAUUAAAAAAUUAUAAGGGUGUAAAAGUCACAGGUUCAUGUGGUGAUGAAGUUGGUAUAUUUUUAGAACCAUAUAUUUAUAUUAGCGUAGAUUCUAAAAAUAACGUUAUGGAUUUAUCAGCAACUUUUCCAAACGUACUUGGUCAACACAUUACAAUUUUUUCUAAAGAAUCGCCAAUGAAAAACCUAUGCUAUGAUGAUGAUCAUCUCUAUUAUAAAAUGUUAGUAUAUCUUGACCAAGAUGUAUUAACAAUUAAAUGGACAGUAUUUCCAAUUGAUCCAGGAAUGGGUAAAUGUGAAUUAUGCGCUAACCAUAAUAGUGAAAAUAAUGUGGACGUAAAGAAAUUCAGAAUACCUAAAUUAGAAACCCCAUUUACUACAAUCCAAGUUCAUUCACUAUUAACUAAAGAAAAUCAAGUUGUAAUAAAGAGCAAAGAUUAUUCGUUAAUAAAUGAUAUGCCAAAAAAAUGUGACAAAAUAGCUACCAAAUGUUUCUUAGAUGGAAAAACUGAUAUAGAACCAUGUUAUACAUGCAGUUUAUUAACAGAAAAUUUUCCAAGAACUGAUGAAUGCUAUAAUUAUUCUUCUCCUUUAGUUAAAGAAUAUAAUCAAGUAUUAGCAGUUGGACAAAGUGAUGAAGAUAAUGUAGACGAUAAAAAUUUAUCGCUUGUUGAUUCUAUUAAUAAUAUAUUAAAUGAUAUAUAUAAAACUGAUGAACAAAAUAAUAAAGUUUUAAUAGAUGUAGAAGAUUUAAGUACAAACUUAAAAAAAGAAUUAACUUAUUAUUGUCAAAUAUUAAAUGAAAUAGAUACUAGUGGAACUUUAGAUAUUUAUAAAAUUGGAAAUAGUGUUGAAAUAUUCAAUAAUUUAAUAAGAUUAUUAAAAAAUCAUCAAGAUGAAAAUAAAUCAUAUAUGAUUAAUAAAUUAAAAAAUCCAGCUAUAUGUAUGAAACAUGUAGAACAAUGGGUUGUCAAUAGAAAGGGUUUGAAAUUACCAAUAAUAUUAGAUGAUAGUGAAACUGAAAAUAAAAAUUCAGAAGAAUCUAAAAAUACAAAUAUUUCUAUAAUUUAUGAAGAAGGACCUGAUGGUAUUAUAGAUUUAACUAAAACAAUAGAUGGUAAUACAGUUAGUGGUUUAGGUGUAUUAGCUAAUAAAUUAGAUGCAUUUUGUAACAAUGAUUUUUGUGAUAGAUUAAAAGAUAAUAAUAGUUGUAUAUCUAACAUAGAUGUAGAAGAACAAGGAAAUUGUGCAACAUCUUGGAUAUUUGCAUCUAAAUUUCAUUUAGAAACCGCUAUUUGUAUGAAAGGACAUGAUAAUUUUACUACAUCUGCUUUAUAUGUAGCUAACUGUUCUAAAAAAGAUCCUAAAGAUAAAUGUUUAACUGGAUCAAAUCCAUUAGAAUUUUUAGAUAUAUUACAAGCUAAUGCUUAUUUACCAAAUGAAUCUAAUUAUCCAUACAAUUAUAAAAAUGUUGGUGAUUCAUGUCCAGAAACUAACGAAUCAUGGGUUAAUUUAUUUGACAAAGUAAAAUUAGAAAAUUCAAAUGAUGAUACUAAAUCAAUAAUUAAAGGAUAUACAUCAUAUGAAUCUAAAGAUUAUAAAUCUAAUAUGAAUGAAUUUGUUGAUAUUAUUAAAAAUAAAAUAAAAAAAUUAGGAUCAGUUAUAGCAUAUGUUAAAUUUAGUGAUUUUAUGGGUUAUGAUUUUAAUGGAAAUAAAGUACAUAAAUUAUCUGGAUCUGGUACUCCAGAUAUGAUAGUAAAUAUUAUUGGAUAUGGAAAAUAUAUUAAUGAAAAUAAUCAAGUUAAACCAUAUUGGCUAGUUAGAAAUAGCUGGGGUAAACAUUGGGCAGAUGAAGGAAACUUUAAAGUAGAUAUGGAAACCCCAGAAAAUUCUGAACAUAAUUUUAUUCAUACUGUACUUGUUUUCGAUCUUGAUUUACCAGUUGCUCAAAAAAUCAACAAUGAUGCUCCCAUAUACAAUUACUAUUUAAAGAACUCUCCCAAUUUUUACAAAAACCUUUACUACAACCAUGUCAGCAGAAAGAAUGCAAAAGCACAAGCAGACGCAGACGCGGCCAUUUCCGGCCAAGCUGAAGAAGGACCCACUAAAGUUGAAGGUGUGUCAAAUGAUAAAGGUCAAACACUACAAAGUGGAGGAGGAUCAAGUCAAGAUGGAACAGCGAAUAACGUACCUGGUAGUCAAUCUGGAUCAGGUAUAACAGGAAACGGAGCUACAGUUAAAGAUGGAGCAACAGUACAAGCCGCACAAGGACAAGUCGCAAAUGGACAAACAGGUCCAGGUUCAGCUGUCACACCGAGUCAAACAGUUCAACCUUCUCCUGGUGGAUCAGGAUUACCACCUACAGGUUCAGAUGCCGGAUCAAGAUCACCACCUACAGGUACACCUAGCGGAUCAAGAUUCCCACCUAAAGGUUCACCUACCGUAACAGUAUUGACAUCUUCCGGUGGAAAUGGCGCACAAACUCAAACUAAUCUAAAUCCAGCUUCCGGUUCAGUACAAUCCAAUUCAGCUACAACCGCUGUAAAUACAGAGAGCCAAGCCAAUAGUACUAAAAACACAGAAGUUUUCCAUGUUUUAAAAGUUGUUAGAAAUAAAAAAGUUCAAACAAGUUUAAUUAAGUAUAAUAAAUAUAAUGAAAUGGGAGAACAUUCAUGUUCAAGAGCUAUGAGCAGAGAUCCACUAAACAAGGAAAAAUGUAUUCAAUUCUGUUCAGAUAAUUGGGAUCAUUGUUAUUUUGAUUUAUACCCAGGAUAUUGUUUAAAUAAAUUAAAACGUGAUAAUGAAUGUAACUUUUGUGCUGUAUAA